CUCAUCGGGGUUAGCACGACCGCGUUUUCACACCGGGAGAGGUGAUUAAUGUUCAACGUGCCAGGUCAGACAUGGCUUCCGAAGAACCAAAAGCAAAGAAACAAAAACUUUCAGAGGAGGAGAAGACAGAGCCUCCAACCAAAAAGCCUCCUGCCAAACUAAGCCCUAACUCACUCUUUGGCAUGGGAAACCCCUUACUGGACAUCUGUGCUGUAGUGGACAAAGACUUCUUGGACAAGUACACUCUGAAACCCAAUGACCAGAUCCUGGCAGAGGGAAAACACAAAGCACUAUUUGAGGAGCUAGUGAAGAAGUUCAAAGUUGAAUACCAUGCUGGAGGAGCCACACAGAACGCAAUAAAGAUUGCUCAGUGGAUGAUCCAAGAACCCCAUAAUGUGGGCACGUUCUUUGGCUGCAUUGGCAAAGACAAGUUUGGAGAGAUCCUAAAGCAGAAGUCUGAGGAGGCCCACGUUGAUGCCCACUACUACGAGCAAGAUGAAGAGCCCACAGGGACAUGUGCUGCUUGCAUCACCGGAGAUAACAGGUCUCUGGUAGCUAACCUAGCUGCUGCCAACUGUUAUAAGAAGGAUAAGCAUCUAGACCUGGAAGAAAACUGGAAGCUGGUGGAAAAAGCUAAAGUCUACUAUAUUGCUGGUUUCUUCCUCACUGUCUCUUUGGAGUCAAUUCUGAAAGUGUCGAAGCAUGCGUCUGAAAAUAACAAGCUGUUUUGCCUAAACCUCUCCGCGCCUUUCAUCUGCCAAUUCUUCAAGGAUAAGCUCAUGCAGGUUAUGCCCUACGUUGAUGUGCUGUUCGGCAAUGAGACGGAGGCACUUGCAUUCGCUAAAGAGCAAGACUUCGAGACCGAGGACAUUAAGGAAGUUGCCAAGAAAGCCCAGGCUUUGCCCAAAGACAACACAAAGAGACAAAGGAUUGUAGUGUUGACCCAGGGGAAGGACGAAACUGUGAUUGCUUUGAGUGACAAGAUCGAGACAUUCCCUGUAUUGAAGAUUGACCCCAAGGACAUUGUUGACACAAACGGUGCCGGUGAUGCGUUUGUAGGAGGUUUCCUGUCUGAGCUUGUUCGGGAGAAACCACUGGAUAAGUGCGUGAAAGCGGCACACUACGCUGCCAAUGUCAUCAUCAGACGAGCAGGUUGCACUUUUCCAGAGAAGCCUGACUUCAACUCCGACCCAUGAUUUCCUCUACAACCACUACCCUGAUUUGUCAAAUUUUAUUUUAUUUUUUUUAAAUCAGCCAAACGUCCAUGUUCAUUUUCAAUUCGUCUGGAUAAUUUCUUACCUAUUGUUACUUGGGAUCUCCUGAAAUGUGUGCCUGUCCCUGUGUUCUCCACUUGGGGCCGCUAGAGGAUCAUGCAGCCAAGGGCUAAGGAAGAUUUGUUUCUACACUAAUGACCUUAAAAGAAUCAUGACACCACAUGAAGUAAUAAUUUUGCUUAGGAUCUAAACUGUUAAAGUUGUUUUUAUGGACAGUCAUUUUGGGAUUGUUUCUAAAUGUAUUUUGGCUUUGACGCUUCCAGCGUCCGGCUGCACUGAUGCCCAUCAGACUGUGCUGCGAAAACUCGUGUUGACAUCUCCCGAGUUUCUUCUCUUUGGAGACAGAAUCAAAGAACAGGGUUAUUUCCACACUGGGAGGACACAUUUUACACUAAGGAAUGAAAUAUCACUGUCAAGGAGGUUUUGGAUAUUGCAUUUAGUUGUGCAGCAUUGAUUUGUUUUAGACUUUUUUUUAAAAAUAGUAAUUAUUACUGAUUAUGACUUUAGAUUUGUUACUAUUUUAAUUCAACAGGCCAGUUAUGAAUCCAAAUGGUUUUCUUUUAAGCGUACACUUUUUAACGUGUCAAAGACUCACCCACUGAGUCCUGUGGCCGCUGUUAAAUGUCAGCUUUACUGUGUCAGGGAAGUUCAGAAGUUAAAGUCACCAUUGUGGAAGUUUAUUUUUCCUCAUGCUGUUCUGUGGGGCAGGUGCUUGUAAUGAGUGCCUCCCCCCCAUUGUUUCUCUGUAAAAGGUGUACGGAGGCCCACAGGUGUUAUGUGAAUCUGCAUUUGUCUGUGCAGACCAGUGAUGGUCAACUGGUGGCUUAUGGGGUGGAAAUGGACGCACAAAAUCUCUAAAAUGCAUGUAAUGGAGCUGGGAUUGUUGGAAAAAUGUCAUUGCAUUUUUAUGUUCUGUCAGGUGAAUACACUGGGCAUUCAAAAUUAAGACUUUACCUCCACUGAUUAUUUUUCACCAGAAUUAGUGGACUGUGCUCUUUCUGGAUGUUUGUUGAUCUCUUGCAAUAUCAAAGAACAGGUAACCUGACUUCAGGACCGUCCGCCUUGCCAAAUCAGAUGUAAAUGGAAUGGAAAUAUGCCUUUUCACUUAAUUAGAUUUUGAAAUGUUUGGAAGAUUUUGUCGGAUGUUUGUAUGGAAGAUACAAAAAAAACAAAGAAGAAACGAUUGGGAGUGGGCUCAGGCCACACUGUGAUAUGGGGCCAAACAUUUCAAUAUUUACCUGAGAUUGUGUUUUCUGAAUACUACGAGAUGUUUUGAGACUUGUGUAUGUGUUGGAUGAAAAUUAUACACAUUGCCUCUCUAGCCUGUUUCUUUAAAUGGUAAGGUACACCAAAAAAACCUUAUGUGGCAAAUUCUUUCUGGUCUCAAAUGGCACUCAAGUUGCUCGCCUCUGUGCUAGAUGCUGUUGCAUAAAAUCUUCAAAUAAAACUUGCAAGGUUGAUCCUA